GACACACGGAUCGCGUAGUCCAUUCUCUAUGGCUUUGUUUCGAGCCCACUUUUUUCCGUGAUCGGCCGCUUGAAUUUAAUCUUCUUAUUACUCCGUGAUUGAUCCCAUUGUCACAAAUGUUAGGCAACAUCGUCAAAAACAGCCUCUUACUGCACGGUAAGAGUGCACUGCUUAGAAGAUAUAAUGUACGGCAGAUAUCACAUAAUAGUAGAAGUAGAUGUGACGUGGUGGUUUCUAGGAAUCAAAGCACAGCAUUGGAAAGCGAGGAUGACUUAGAUAAGCCUAUAAAAUAUUCUACGUCAAAAGCUGCUACUAUGAGAAUUGAAGAGUAUCGCGAUCCAUAUGGAGAUAGUAGACCAUGGUAUCAGGGAUAUGUUGUAUCGGCAAGCUUAGCUGUCUUCCUAAUUUAUUUCUGUAUUUUAAGAGAGGAGAACGAUAUCGAUGAUUUAAUAUAUUGUGACUUGAAUAAAACAUUAAGCAGAGUGAAGAGGGAAGAAGAAGAGAAGCUAAAGCUUAAGUCAAAAUAGGACAUCUAUUUAUCUGAAAUAGUAUUUCUCGAUUCGUUUUGCAAAAUUCAUUGUUAGGUUUUUAUUGUACAUACGCUUUCCAUAAGAAUUAUCUUAGCAGACAUUUGAUUUAAUGUACAGUAAUAUUUAUCUAAAUACAUUCUGUACAGAAUAGUAGGA